AUGCCAACUCCUCGCAAAACCAUUGCUGUUGUCAACUCCUCUGGCAGACAAGCAGCUUCCUUCAUUCGAGUGGCAUCCGCUGUUGGAUAUCAUGUUCGAGCCCAACUUCGAAAUCUUGAUGGCAUCGUCGCAAAUGAGAUUUCUUCCCUUCCAAACGUGACUGUCAUUGUUGGGGACUUGUAUACGAAGCCAACAUCGACCAGCAGUGCUAGUCCAGCAUUAGCACCGUCCGAUACGGGAGUAAACCAUGAUUUGAUACGACAAAUUUAUCAUGGUGCACAGUUGGCAUUCAUCAACACCACUUUCUGGGGAGACGAGAUUGCCAUUGGAAAGGCAUUGGCGAAUGCAGCGGUGAUUGCUGGAAUCGAGCACUACAUCUAUUCUUCCAUGCCGAACCACCAUCUUCAGAACGAGAGUUGGCCUUCGCUACCAUUGUGGAGCUGCAAAGAGACGAUAGCAUCCUAUAUUCGUUCCCUUCCUUCCUUGCUUCCCAAGACAACAUUUCUCUACACCGGAAUUUACAACAACAACUUCACCUCACUUCCGUAUCCGCUCUUCUGUAUGGAGUUGCAACAAGACGGAUCAUUUACCUGGACGGCACCAUUCCAUCCUGACGUGCCGCUUCCCUGGUUGGAUGCAGAGCACGAUGUGGGACCCGCAGUAUUACAGCUUAUUAAAGACGGGACAUCGCGUUGGGGUAAUGGCGAGAGGAUAGCACUUGCGUACGAAAUGUUAUCUCCUCGACAAGCAUGUCGAGCCUUUUCUCGCGGCGUUGGACGACCGGUUCGAUACAAACUGCAGAGCAAGAUCGACGUUAAAGUCAAGAUUCCAAAUGGAUACAGGGAGCAGCUUCUGGCGUUGGAGAAGAUGUAUGCACUUGGCAGAGAGGACCCGUCGAAGCAACCGUUUUAUUUCGGCGAGCGGAAACUUGAAGACAGUUGUCCGGAUGAAGCGAUGGCGUUAUGGGAAGGUUAUCGAGGCCUAGAGGAGUAUGCAAGAGAGGUUUUCCCCUUGGAAGAAGCUGCGAACGGACUUACAUGGAUGAACGAACCUGAUGGAGAGACGGAUGGAGAAGACGGAGUUCUGGAAAAGGGGGACCUAGAAGAAGCCGAUGAUGAUGAUGACGAUGACGACGAGGACGAUGGGUUGGUCAUGGGUGGAGGAUUGAAUUCCGGGACCGGUACAGGAGGAGAGAAUACACCGGCCAGAAGAGAGGAAAGUUGGCUUGCUUGAGAGCAGCAGUACACUUUGUCUACAUCUCGACCUUUCGCUGUUAUGCCCUUCUAAGAUGACAUUCGGACGAGGAAAGGUCAGAUGCAAAGAGAUUCUUCACGAACAACGACGAAACGGCCUCGGGAGCAUAAAACACAGAUAUUGGAAAAGCGUUCAUACACACUACAUACAUAAUGUCUACCAGUGACGAACACCAAAAACGGGAAUGGGCGGUAGCAUUUGAUAUCUUGGGCGGCUAGCUUUGAAACUUUUCGUUGCAUUGCAUUGCGUGGAUUGGGUUUUGGUUUGGUUUGGUUUGGCUUGGUGGGGGGUUUUCUCGUGCAGCAAAAAUAGCA